UUAUGAAGAAUUACGAUACGUUUGUGCCAAGACUCAAUUUCAGGGAAAAGGGAAGCUGCAAUAAAACAUUUCAAACACAGAAUAUUUCAUUUGCUAGAUACUUCAGAUUUAUUUUUUUAUUAAAAUUUAAUAAUCUUGUUAUUCUGAGUAUUGGUUAAUAUGCAUGAAAAACACAGUCAACAAAACCAUCAAUACUGCUUGCAUAUGAGUACUGUCUAUUUCGGUCAUGUCAUGUUCCUGACAAGACAUUUGACAUCCAAACAAUUAAUUUUUGCUCUGUAAAUGCACACCAAACUGUAAAUGUCUGUACCCAUCUAAUUAUAUUAAUUAAUAGUAUUGACAACAUGAGACUAAGAAAUCAAAAUUUUUGGAAUCUAUAUAUAGUAGCAACUUUUAAAAUCAUGUUUUCCUUUUCUAUUUUGAUACAACAUACAACCCAUUCAACACUCUUUCACUCUCUUGCCCUUGUUCACGAUCAGAAACUUAUUAUCCUUCAUCAUUUAUAAACUACAGUGACAGUACAAUGGUAUUAAGUGAAUUAUAAGAAAUGGAUCCUUUGCUCACAUAUCUUGUUAUGGCCAGUGUGUGUCACAAAUGAGGGAAUUGCUCAACACUAUAAUUUUUCAGGAGGGUACACUCAUUGUAAAAUCUGUAUAAAUAUUCACUACCUUUGCAUUACUUGAAGGCUUCAAAUACAGAGAACAAAAACCCCAUUCAGUUUGACAGAAAGACUUCAUUAGCUAACAUUCAGUAGAAGUGGCAUUGCUGCAACACAUUUAGCUGGUGAAGAUAAUUCUAUUUAAUCUGGUUCAGGUAAGAUAAGUUUUUAUCUCUUUAGCCACAAGAAUGUUAUUCAUCAUAGCCACACCUGAUGUGUGCACUGCAGCAUGGUGAAAGACAGGAUAAAAGAUCUCAAAUCUGUUCAACAAGGCAAGGAUUAUGGCACAGUCAUUGUGCACAUUGAUGACAAGAUCCAACAUGUGGAUGCUUUCCUCGAAAAGGUGUCUCAGAUUCAGAAGCUAAUAGAAAACAUCAAAACAAAGAUUGAUGAGCUUAAAAAUAUACAGAAGGAGCUUUUAGGUAUUCCAAAGGAUCAAGCAAAACUAAGGCAGGAUAUGGAUGCUUGUACCGCUUCAAUUCAGAGAAUGAUAACCCUGACAAAUGCUAGACUGAAAGAAAUGGAAGAAGAUAUAAAGAAAGAUCAAACUGAAGAUUCUAAGCCCAAGUCAGUUGUCUUGAGAAAUAUAGAAAAGGUUCAAUACUCAUCUUUAGUGCAUAUGUUUUCUGCUGUAUAUGAAAGCUAUGCUAUCCUGAUAUCAAAUUAUAAGGACAAAUCUGCUGCUCUGCUUAAGCAACAACUGAGGAUAAAGAAUGUUAUAGUUCCACAUGAAGAAUUAGAGGAAUUACUGACAGAAGAAAAUACAGCAUUAUUUUCAAACAAUAUUUUAGCUCUUACUGCUGAAGCAAAGAUGGCAAUAGAUCCUUUGCAGUCAAGGCAUAGAGAGCUUCUCAAGAUUGAGAAAUCUGUCCGUGAGAUGAGGGAUCAGUUUGUUGAACUUGGAACAUUGAUUGAGAGGCAGGGUGCAACUAUUGACUGUAUUGAAUACUUCGUGUUGCACGCAGAGGACAAUACUGAGAACGCAAAGCGAAGAAUGCAGAAAUUAAAGAAAAAAAAGAAAAAAAGAAGAAACUUAAUGUACAAGGUUAUAGCUGGAGCAAUAAUAGUCUUCAUCAUCAUCAUACUGAUACUAGUAUGAUACCAGAGGUCUCACUGCCAAGAUUCUCAUAAUAAUCUCUAUCAGUAGUUUACACGAAACAAUGGAAAAGCCAGGAUGGAAUAAUGACAGUAUUAUCAAAAGGAUAGAUUGCUACUCACUGUACAGCAGAGAUGCUGAGUUGCAGACAGGCACAACAAAAAGACUAUUAAACAUUUAAGCUUUCAGCCAGAAGGCUUUAUUUUUGGGGGAAAACACACACACACACACACACACACACACACACACACACACACACACACACACACACACACACACACGCGCAAAUGGAACUCAAACACACAUAACCACUGUCUCUGGGUGCAGGGCCAGUCUGGCACAGGCAGCCAGAAGCCAGAGCCAGUGGUGUGUGUGUGUGUGUGUGUGUGUGUGUGUGAAUGUUUAUAUGUGUGUUGUCUUUUUAGAAGGAGGCCUCCUGGCCAAAAGCUUACAUGUUUAGCAAUCUUUUUGUCGUGCCUGUCUUUGAAUCAAUGUCGCUGCUAUAUGAUGAGUAGCAAUCCAUCCUUUUCAUAAAUUUAUCAACAGUUUUAUAAAUAAAUGUUCACGCCUACCUGUGAUAAAUUUCCACCUAUGUAAAAGAACUUGAA